GUUGGAAAGUAGAGCCCAUUUGUUUUAUGGUGCCGCUUUGGGAAUAUGAUCCAGAUCCUCCAGGAGAGAGAGAAAGCAGCAGAGCGAAAGAGAAGAGGGGGGAGUUGAGAAGCUCUGGAGAAUAACUUGCUUAUUUUAAGUCUAGUGCAGAAAGUUCAAUCUUUUGUGGUGAGGUUCAUGGAUAAAGCAGAACUGCUGCUAAAGGUCCUAGCCUGGGAAUCAAAGAACUCCUAGUUGAUUGUAAGUAAUUUUAGAGUUUGUUGGUUGUUUUGUACGAAAUUUCCAGUGCAGUGAAAUGUCUUUGAUUGUCCUCUAGCGAGAGGUGGCUGCAGGGAGGGUGUUCAGAUCUGAAGAUGUGUUGUGUGGGGUUUAUUUUUAGUUUUCUUUAGCACUUCAGGUAAAGGAACAAGGUUUUCCAUGGAAGGCACCUCUGUUCGUUAUUCUGGCUCCUGGUUUCAGUUGGUGCCAGGGCACAAAAGGCACAAAAGCAGAAGAAUAUGCUAAAACUGGCAGCAACCAAAACCCAUUCAUAGUUCCACACCUUGGGUUUCUGCCAAGCCAUUAAUGGGAACUCAGACUAUUUAUUUUUGUUGUCAGGUCAAACAACCCGCUUCUGUCAGCUCCUCUGAUUCCUAGAGGGAAACUCCUAGAAAAAUCUAAGGAAAAUCCAGUGGAAUGGAUGUAGUACAGGGCAGUGCGUGGAAAAUGCAGGCAGUAGGAAGAGGUGGUGGUUCAGAAAGCUGCUCCAAAUGUUCUUGCUCUCUCCUGGCUCCUGGGGCUGCUGAUCCAACGUGUGCUUCCUUCCCUCCACAGCUCUCCAUGAAGGAGGUCGGGGACGGGCUGCACGAGCAGAUGAACUGCAUGAUGGGGGCCCUGCAGGAGCUGAAGCUGCUCCAGGUCCAGACGGCUCUGGAGCAGUUGGACAUCUCCGGGAGCCGCAGCCCCGGCUGUGGGGUGGAGCAGCACCGGUGCUGCCGGAGCCGGGGGGACGUUCCCAGGGCCUGGCAGGACGAGCCGUCAGUGGAGGGGCACAGCCCCACGUCCUUCCCACAUCCAGCGGGGCUGGCCCGUCCCACCGCGCUCCUGGAGAGCGACCACCUCGGGGACACCCCCUCCUCCUCCAGCAGCCUCUGUGGGGAGGGUGUUUAUGCCCCAACAGGACCUGCCUGUGUGUCCAGCAGAGCCGAGCACGUCCGCCCCAGGGCUCUGGAGUGCAGCAUCCAGGGCACGGCCGGGGGGUGGCCGGAAUGCCGGGAGUGCCCGGGCUGUGACGACGGCCACGACUGGACAUCCUCCCUGAUGUCCCAGAGCAGGAACCGGCAGCCGCUGGUGCUGGGGGACAACAUCUUUGCAGACUUGGUUGGGAACUGGUUGGACCUGCCAGAGCUGGAGAAGAAGGGGGAGAAGAGCGAGGCGUCCCUGUCCGUGAGCAGGUCCCAGGAGCUCUGCAGGAAGUUCUCCCUCACGGCCAACAUCUUCAAGAAGUUCCUGAGGAGCGUCCGGCCGGACCGAGACAGGCUGCUCAAGGAGAAGCCUUGCUGGCUUCCUCCCGAAGACAAACAGCCCGAGAUCUCCAAGAGAUCCAAAAAGAUGAACAAACUCAAGGGGACAUUUUACUUCCCGCUCCACGGGAGCCACCACGGCAAAGCAGAGAGGUGCCCGAAGGCAGAAAACCACAGCGAGCGCCCCAAAACGGGCACCAAGAAAGUCCACGAGUCCAGAGACUACACCCAGUCUGGAACCAAGUUCUUCAGUGUCCGACUCUCCAAGAGUUUCCAAUAA